GAAGAUGAACAGCCUUAUUAUGUCAGCUGCCCAGAUCCUAUUUUCAUUCGGAAGUUAUAACUGAACGUUUAUCAGGUUAUGGAUGAAGAAGAGAAAGUAGAAGUACCCAAGUAUUUACGAAACAUUCCACCAAAUACCAUUAAUCAUCCUAUAGACAGGAAUAUCGCUUGGAGUUUUGUGUUAUCCGUCAUAUUCGUGGCUGUGGCUAUUGUCACUGGUUUUCCUAUCGUUGGUUUAAUGAUUGUACUCUUACCACUAGCAGUUAUAGCUAGGCAAACUACGUUCAAGUUGUGCACUUGUAAGAAAGGUACGUGUAACGGUCAGAAAUUAAAGCUUGUCUCUCCUGCCGAUACAUUCUGGUUACACGAUUCAGACUUUAAUCGGUAUAUUGGACACUGCUUAUUCUUUUUCGAUUCAGAGUUGACAGUUUCUAGGAUGAGGGAUAUCGUUCUGGUUCGUGUUUUAAACAGAAGAAAGGAUGACGGACAGAAAGCAUUUCCGCGUUUUACUCAAAGGAUCUUAAGACUUUCGGCAGGCUACUGUUGGUGUGAGGAUAAUGAUUUCAAUGUUGAGAAUCAUAUCUAUGAAGAUGACGUUAAGGUACGCACAAAAAAGCAAUUGAGAAUACGUCUGAGUCAGCUGAUGAUGGAACCUUUGCCAUCUCAUCGUCCAUUAUGGGAAAUCAGACUGGUGAGGGAUUAUGGUGGAAAUUCCGAUACGGUAUUGAUCGUUAGAGUGCAUCAGGCAGUUAGUGAUGGAAUUUCGUUGAUUAAAAUUCUCACCAAUUGUCUGUCGGAUACGCAACAGCCUAUCAGGAUGAAACCAAGAUUCGGUGGAACUACAUUUCCUCUUAAUGUAUUUAGAGCGCUUGUCGUGGGUCCAUUGACUUUUAUAAUGUGGUUAAUUUUUACCAAGAGGGACUAUAAUUUUUUCUCUCGUGGAGAGCCUUGUUCUAAACGUCGCGUCGUUGCCUGGUCUAGGGAUAUCCGCCUUUCGAAAGUAUUACGAAUUAAACAAGUUACUAGAAGUUGCCUGAAUGAUAUACUCCUGACAGCCACAACCGGUGCAGUCAGGGAGUAUUGCAGGAAACAUGGGCCUUGCAACCCACCAGAUGUGACUGUAAGCUUGCCAGUCGAUCUGAGUUACGAACCUUCAGCUGUAGAGUCUAUACCAGAGAUGGGAAAUAAAAUUGCUAUAGUAAAUACCUGUUUACCUACAAACAAAGAAGGUGUCAUACCACGCUUAUGGGAAGUACGUCAUUAUAUGGAAGAACUAAAAACGUCUGCUGAUCCUGUUGUUAUGUAUGGGGCUAUAUAUUUUCUCAUAAAGUUAUUACCGCACGUUUUAUCCCAUUGGUUACUAGGUCUUAUAAGUAGGAAAGCUACUGUUAACUAUUGUAAUUUGCCCGGUCCUAGUGAGUUUAUCGUUUUAGGAUCAAGAAAAUUAAAGAAAUUCUAUUACUGGAUGGCUUGUAAUCCUAAUGUACCAGUUUCAUUUUCAUUAUUAACUUAUGGUGGAAAUUUAACUGUUGCUGUGUCUGCUGAUCAAACUAUCGUCACCACGCCCAAGGACCUUAUUAAGAAUUUCAUCGCUGAGAUCAAUAAAUUGGCUCAUUUACUAGCAAAAAGGAGAAUACCAGGUGAACAACGUAGAAGGAGCAGCUAUACAUCAGAAAGGAGGCAAGAAGAGAUUAUAAAACCCCCCAUGCAACAAGUAAGAUCUGGCCUGAGUAAGAUAGUUAUUUCUUCUAUUUUAAUUAGAAAUACAUUAACUGUAAAAAAUUAUUUGAAUUAUAAUUUUACGAUAAAAUUUUUCUAUCAUAUUUAAAGAUUUUUAAAUAAAUUUUUCAUAAACACUAUACACUUUGCAUAAUUUAUUAGUAAUAUACAAAAUUAUUAUUAUUAUUAGUGAUGGUAGUAGUAGUAGUAUUUAAAUAAUUUUUCGUGCUUUAUUUCUAUGAAUGAAUAUAGUACAAUAGCAAUUGACAUUAAAGUUUCAAAUAGACUUCUGAAUGUUUUUUUCGAAAACCUCACGCACAUUAUAUAUUAAACAUGGCAUAGUUCCUUUAUAAAUAAUAACAGUAAUAAUGCCAGCUGUACAAAAUAGAUAAAAUCAUGCACAUAAGUUCAUUGCAUAGUUUACCAAAGUAUUAUUCCAUUCUAAAUCUCCAUGCAGUUUUAUAAAUCACGCAUCCCAAUAAUAGAAAAUGAAAUUUAAUUACACGUAUGUGAAUUAAUA